AUGCUUGAAGAACACAAAGCUGUCAUUCUCCAGAAACAUGCCCGAGCGUGGCUCGCUAGACGCAGAUUCCAGAGUAUUCGCCGUUUUGUGUUGAACAUCCAGCUUUCAUACAGGGUACAGCAACUGCAGAAAAAAUUGGAAGACCAGACUAAGGAAAACCAUGUCUUACUGGAAAGAUUGACCACUCUAGCCUCCAACCAUUCCAGCGACAUAGAAGUAAUUCAAAAGUUUCAGCUGGAGCUUGAAAAACUAGCCGCGCAAAAGAAAGUAGCUGAAGAGAAAGAAAAGAGAAACAGGGACGACUACGAACAGAGGAUCUCAGAACUCGAAAAUAAGAAUUCAGAGCUGCAGAAACAGAAGGAGGAACUGGAACGGAAGCUUCAGGAGAAAGCCGAGGAAAUGAAAGAUAAAAUGGAUGACCUGACAAAACAGUUCUUCGCUGAUGUUCAAAAGGAAGAAAGACAACGAAUAACUCUUGAGAAAAACUUCCACCACCAAAAACAAGACACCGAAUUAAAGGUUGAGUCCCUAAAGGAAGAAAUGAAAACACUUAAAGCAGAAAAGGAUCAACUCCAAAAUCAACUUCAGGAAGAACUUCAAAUUCAUGUUGGUUUGAAAAUGGAAGUCGCGGAACUUACAAACCAGGCAAAGACAAUACCUGAAUUGCACAAGGAAAUUGAACUUAUUCAGACUCAGAAAAUCGAUUUGGAGAAGCAAUUGCAGUCCCAGAAGCGUGAAAUGAGAGAAAAGAUGUCUGAUGUCGCGAGGCAAAUUCUUGAGAGUUACGAUUUUGCUGACGUAAGGAGCAGAUUGUCUGUGGAAGAUCUGGGACAUUUAAAUGAAGACGGAGAGCUUUGGUUUGCUUAUGAAGGCCUGAAAAAAGCCACAAGAGUAUUGGAAAACCACUUUCAGUCUCAGAAGGAGAACUACGAGAGGGAAAUCGAUGGUCUCAGUUCUAAAGUUGAACAUCUCAGUCAAGAAAUAAGCCACUUGCAGAAACUCUUCCGGGAGGAGAACGAUAUAAACGACAGUAUUCGACUUCAGGUUGCCAGACUGACCUCGGAAAAUAUGAUGAUCCCAGAUCUCAAACAGCGGAUUUCUGAGCUUCAGAAGCACAAGAUGGAUCUUGAAAACCAUCUUCAAGAGGAAGCUGCAAAGAAUAAAG